UUCUCAAAAAGACUAUAUGACACCACAACAAAUUAUUGAAUUAUCUCAAAUAUUAUAUAAAAUAGAAGGAAAUCAAAAAAUUAAAUUAAUUAAUAGUUUAAUUGAAUUAGAUAUUUGGAAUCAAAUGGAUGUAUGGAAUAAUAUGUUUAUGAGAUUAAUGUGUAUUGGAAAAUCGUCUAUUUAUCAAGAACAAUAUGGAUUAGACCUUCCAUCAAGAUGGAACUUGUUUGAUUCAAACCAACAAACCCAAUACAGAAUUGCAGAAACUCAAGAUUUUAAAAAAAAUUUAUCAACACUUUUAGAUACGAUGAAAAUUGUUAGAGUAAAUGAUAAAACACUCAAUCAAUUUGUUGGUUAUAUAUUAAGUCAAAUGAGGUUUGAUGAAAUAUUUAGAAAAGAAAUUGAUAAAUUAGUAAAAGAAAAAUGUCCUUCUCAAAAUGGACUUACAAUUAAUGAUUCUAAAGAACAAUUAUUAGCUGAUAUGAGAAAAUUGUAUGACUCUGUGUAUCUCACUGAAGAUUAA